AUGUUUAAAAAUGUAAAAUACCAAGAAUGUUAUAAUGAAACAGAUGAAGAUGUUUUAAAAAAUUUUAAUUGUAAAUCCAAUUCAUUUAAGAUCAAAAUGAAAACAUUUAUGAUUUAUUACAAAGAUAUUUUAGUUGAAAUUAUAACCUCUUUGGUACAUGUAAAACAUAAAAGAAAAAAUAUUUCUACUGAAAUAUCUAUAUUAAGUGAGUUUAUUCAGUUAUUAAACAACUCAUUAGAUUUUAUAAGAUAUUAUUUUAAACUUAAGAAGUUAAUUAAUCAAAUAAAAAACAAUAAUGUUAAUAUUAAUAUUACAAUUGAUAAUUUAAUUAAUAUUUUAGAAAAUAAUUGUUUUUGGUGUUUUAAAACAACUUCAAUUAAUUACUUUAAAAAAUUAAAAAAUCAAUCAAGAUAUAACAGAAAAAAUAUUUCUGAAAAACUAAAAGAAUAUAACAAUCUUUAUAUUACAGAAAUAUUUCAAUCUUCUGUUAAUUUAAAUUAA